CUGGGUAAAAAGGAGCCAAUAAAGAAAAAGAAAAAAAAAAAAUCCAGACAAGUUGCCGUCGCUGGUUCGGGAUUCGAUCGAGAAUCAACCGCCUCGUUUCGAUGAAAUCCACCAUCGCCGUCUUCUUCCCCAAUCUUUGAUUAGGGUUCGGUGAUUCGAUUCCGUUCGGGGCCAUUUUCAUGGGGCGGGCGGUCUCCGAAUCGUUCAGCUGAUUGGGCAUUUUUUCGCCAAUUCUUUUCUUCUGAUAGAGCGGGGUUUUGGAAGCGGAGCUGUGAGUAUGGUCGGUGUGGAUAGUGAAGAUGAGGGUGCAGCGCUUGCGGAGCCCCCCGAUCCUGAUGUCGUCGAGACAGAUCCAACUUAUCGAUACAUUCGGUAUAGGGACGUGCUUGGAAAAGGUGCUUUCAAGACCGUUUACAAGGCAUUCGAUGAAGUAGAUGGAAUUGAAGUGGCAUGGAACCAAGUUCGAAUUGAUGAUGUGCUACAAUCUCCUGAUGACUUGGAACGGCUGUACUCUGAAGUGCAUCUCCUGAAGUCACUGAGGCAUACCAAUAUUAUUAAGUUUUACAAUUCAUGGAUUGAUGAGAAAAAUAAGACAGUUAAUAUAAUCACAGAGUUGUUCACGUCAGGUAGCCUCAGACAGUAUCGUAAGAAACACAAGAAAGUCGACAUGAAGGCUGUGAAGGGAUGGGCAAGGCAGAUAUUAAUGGGUUUGGGCUUCCUUCAUAGUCAGAAUCCACCGGUUAUGCAUAGGGACCUCAAGUGUGACAACAUAUUCAUAAAUGGACACCUGGGAGAAGUUAAAAUUGGAGACCUUGGAUUGGCAACUGUCAUGCAGCAGACCUUUGCCAAAAGUGUAAUUGGAACUCCUGAAUUUAUGGCACCUGAGAUGUAUGAUGAGAAAUACAAUGAGUUAGCAGAUAUAUACUCUUUUGGGAUGUGCAUGCUUGAGAUGGUUACUUUUGAAUAUCCCUAUAGUGAGUGCAGGAAUUCUGCUCAAAUAUAUAAGAAGGUUUCAUGUGGUAUCAAGCCUGCUGGCCUUUCUAAGGUGAAAGAUCCUGAAGUAAAAUUAUUUAUUGAGAAAUGUUUACUUCCAGCAUCUCAAAGAUUGUCCGCAAAUGAGCUUUUGAUGGAGCCCUUCCUUCAAAUGAAUGCAUCCGUGAAAAAUCGCCCUAUGCUGCUUCCUGACAUAGUCAUGCCUAAAAUAGGAGCAUUUGGGGACCGUUGUCUGGUUUCAGAAGGGCCAGUUACUGCCCAAAGCAAAACCUUUCCGAUGGAUGUUGAUGAUGGUGAGCUACCCAUAAUCAAUUCUUUUGAUCACUUUGGAAGCAAUGGGUCACAUUUAUUGUCUCUGGAGGUCCAAAGGACAAGAAGAGGCAGUUCUUUUGUGUUAAAAGGAGAAGUGAAUGAUGAAGACUCUGUAUCUUUAAUACUCCGCAUAGCUGAUCAGAAUGGUCGUGCCAGGAAUAUCCAUUUCUUGUUCUACCUCGACACUGAUACAGCUUGUUCGGUUUCAAGUGAAAUGGUUGAGCAACUGGAGUUGGAAGAUCAGAAUGUCAUGUUUAUAGCAGAGUUAAUUGAUUUGCUUUUGAUAAACUUGGUAAAGAACUGGGAACCUGGUGUACCCAUCAGUCAUUUGGUAAGAGUUUCUCAUCAGAGUGACCCCAAUUUGCGAGAAUGUGGACAAAGUUCCGGUGGAUCUCUGGUAGAUGCUCAUGAGGCAGUCAAUUCGCUGAGAUGUGAGCCAUUUGCAGUGACGACGUCACAUGCUGUUGGUCUUGAGAACCCGACUAUUUUAGACGAUCAGGGUUCCGAAAUUUCUUAUCUCUCUGCUACCUCUAAUGAGUGGAAUGACAAGUGCUCGGCAGUAGGCUCGAGUGCCGAUUUGCAUGCUUGUAGCAGUGGCAAUAGCAAGGAUUUGGCUGGGGGGAAGAGUAGUGUGGUGACCGCUUCUCACCCGACCAACGUUCCUGUUCUGUUUGGCGAAGAUGACGGCGAAGAAAUGAGAAUGGAGCUCGAGAUGAUCGAGCGGAAGUUCCGGGAGCAGAUUAGAGAAAUUACGAAAAGAAGGGACGAAGCUAUCAUCGAGUCGAGGAGAAGACAGUUGCGGAAGAAAGUGGUAGAGUCUCACUAAGCCCGCCCUCCGGGCCGUCUUUUGUCAUUCGAUCGAUUUCGCGUUAUGCAGCCUGUUUACGUUCCUUCUUCUCCUUGAUUGCUUUAUUCUUUUUCUCAAUUCCAUCUCAACUGUACAAAGUUUGCUUUGUAAAGAGGUCAGGGGCAAGUAAGUAUGCUUCCUCCUGCAACCGUUUGACUUGCAUCUGAGCUUUUAAUCAGUUAAGCAGCAGCAGCAAAUGGGUUUGGAUGAUUCAAUUUCUGCAGCUCAGUAGUCCUGGCAA